AUGGAGCAGAUACAGGUGAAUCUCCUCUCUCUGCGCCUCAUCAUCUCCAUCGUCGGUGUUGUGGGAAACACACUCCUGCUGGUCUCCAUCCUGCACACACACACACACCUGAAGUCGUUCGAGGUGUUCCUGCUGGCUCUGUGCUCCGCGAACCUGCAGCAGCUGGUGAUGGUUGACGUGUAUGAUGUUCUGCUGCUGUGUUCUCCGUCCUGCAUCGGUGUGUGUUCCUGCCGCGCGCUGCGGCUCCUGACGGUGUUCGGGGAGGUCUGCAGCGUGCUCUUCACCACGCUCAUCAGCAUCUACCGCUACCAGAAGCUCCACGACGUGUUCUCGCAUGUGAACGUGCCCGUGCUGCUGGACAGCCUGCGCUGGGCGGUGUGUAUGUGUGUGUUGUGUGUGUGUGUGGCGCUCGCCUUCGGUCUGCCCACGCUCCUGGUAAACACACACUGGAGUGUGUCCAACUCUUCGUUCGAGCGCUGCCCGGUGGACUUCUUCCAGUGUCCGUCCUCCUCCCCGUGUCUUAUACACAUCUACAAGUACGUGUUCCUGCUGGUGUGUGUGGUGCUGCCGCUGCUGGUCGUCACGGUGACAAGCGUGCUGAUGGUACGGGUCCUGCUGGCGCAGCAGCGGGCGGUACAGGUUCGAGAGGCGGAGGAGCCCCACCCGCAUCACCAUCACUCCUCUCUCCUGCGCAGCACGCUGGCCAUCCUGGCGGCCAUGUUGCUCUUCCUGCUGGACUGGAGUGUGUAUCUGCUCCUGCAUUUGGCCUUUGACCCCUACAGCUUCCCUCUGUGGGCGGAGGUGGAGUUCUUCAUCACCACCUUCUACACCGCGCUCAGCCCCUACGUCUACGGCAUCGGCAACGACCUCUUCAGCAUAAAGCGCUUAUACUGCUGA